AUGGCCGGUUUUGGAGUAAAUAUGUUGAAAUUUUUAGCACCCAAGAAUUUCUUAUGUAAAUUCCCCCUAAGCGUGGGUGCGAUUUCAGCGUCUGGACUUGCUCUCUUCAUCCAGAUUAUGUUGAUCCGGGAGUGCGACCAAUGUUCUAGAUCCAUUUGGAGAAAUGCGUAUGGCUUUAGUGUCGUUGGUAUCAUAUACAGUGUAAUCAUGCUGUUCGUACAUAUUGGCUUUCUUUGGGGUGUGAAAAAGGAAAAGUCAUCAAUUGUUUUCGGCUGGGUUGUGGUAACCUCGAUGUGGGUUGCCCAAACAUUUUGUUUGUUGAUUGUCUUCAUAUGCUUGUACAACACUCAAGUACGCUUUAUCUCCUGGAUACUGAGCCUUAUCUUUGGAUUGCUCGCUAUAUGUAUCCUCAUAUAUAUUGUAUUAAUUGGUUUUGGAUUUUGGUUGGAGCUUAAAGAAAAGAAGAAGAACGCCAAUGUAAAUAUAGCUGGGUAAUUUAAACUAUUUCCUAAUUACUUAUGUGUGUAAACUGUCGGCUAUACUAUUGCAAUUAUAAAUAAUAAUAAAUAAA